AGGAGGGAUUUUCCUCUCCCACCCCAGCUCCCUGUGCCUCGGUCCCCUCGGAGAGCGGUAGCAGGGUAAUCAUUUACUUCCUGCCACAGGCCACUCCUUCGGACUUUUCCUUCGACCUUCAGACUGAAUCGCCAAAAUAAAAACAACGGGAGGGAAAGCGGUACCUGCUGCUUUCUGCAGCUGGCGCCCAGCUCCUUGCACCUCGCUCUCUGCAGCCGGAGAAACGUCUGCGUGCUCUGCUUCCCGAGGAUGCCCGGUGCCGGUCGCUGAGCUCCUGCCCCGGCCCUAAGGAGAGGGGACUAUUUCGGCUGGCUUUAUGUACGUGGCCUGGAUGGAGCCCUCCUCCACUGCCCUGGGGAAGACGAAGGAACUCAUCAAGCACGGCCGCGAGAGGAUAGGACAAACCAUCAAGGCCUCCGGCUCCAGGCUCUGCUCGUAUGCUGAACGAGUUGCUUUUUUAAUGGAUCGUUCUCGGAGCCCGGACAAAAGCACCCAGCCUCCAACACCAACUGACAACAUCAACCUCGGACCUUCUGCUAACCCAAAUGCCAAGCCAACAGACUUUGACUUCCUGAAGGUUAUUGGCAAAGGAAGCUUUGGAAAAGUUCUCCUGGCCAAACGCAAGUGUGAUGGGACUUUUUAUGCAGUGAAAGUCUUGCAUAAGAAAACCAUCCUAAAGAAAAAAGAGCAAAACCACAUCAUGGCAGAGCGCAACGUGCUCCUGAAAAAUGUCAAGCACCCCUUCCUCGUGGGACUCCACUACUCCUUCCAGACUUCGGAGAAACUUUACUUUGUGCUUGACUAUGUAAACGGGGGAGAGCUCUUCUUCCACUUGCAAAGGGAGCGCUGCUUCCGUGAACCCCGGGCCCGAUUCUAUGCCGCAGAAGUCGCUAGUGCGAUUGGGUACCUGCAUUCCUUAAACAUCAUUUACAGGGACUUAAAACCUGAGAACAUCCUCCUGGAUUGCCAGGGACAUAUAGUACUAACAGACUUUGGACUCUGCAAAGAAGGAAUGGAGCAAGAGGAGACAACUUCUACUUUUUGUGGCACUCCUGAGUACUUGGCUCCUGAGGUGCUAAAGAAGCAGCCGUAUGACAGGACAGUAGACUGGUGGUGCCUAGGGGCUGUCCUCUAUGAGAUGCUGUUUGGACUGCCUCCUUUUUACAGCCGGGAUGUGUCUCAAAUGUAUGACAACAUUCUGCACAAGCCACUCCAGAUCCAAGGAAGCAAGACAGUGGCAGCUUGUGACAUCCUCCAGGGACUUCUCCACAAGGAUCAGAAGAGGAGGCUGGGUGCCAAGACAGACUUUCUUGAGAUAAAGAACCAUGUAUUCUUCAGCCCCAUAAACUGGGACGACUUGUACCACAAGAGGAUUACUCCUCCAUUCAACCCCAAUGUGGCUGGUCCAGCUGAUCUGCGACACUUUGAUCCAGAGUUCACCCAAGAAGCAAUCUCCACCUCCAUCACCCACACGCCUGACCUAGCAGCCAGCAGCUCCAGUGCCUCAGAUGCAUUUUUAGGAUUUUCUUAUGCACCAACUGAAGAGGACAUCUAGGUUUUAUAAAGGCUUUGAGAAGCCAGAUUUUAACUGCAUGGGUUUUAUUAUUUUCUUGUUUUGUUUUUUUGGGUUUUUUGAAAGGAUUUGGUACUGUCCUUUGCUCAUGGUUUAAGGAAACUGGGACUAAUACACUAACUGGCUGGUAUGGAGCAGAGCUCUUAGCUUUUGCUGUUUGGUGGGUUUCCCUCUAAAUGACUGUUCCCCUGGCAGGGAAAGGGGGACACUGAUUAUUAUGAUUUUUUUCCCCUGAGUGUCUUGUGCUACUUGGCAGAAUUGUCUUCACUCUGUGGUUGUAUUUAUGGUUGAGGUAUGUACCAUCACUCACAUCAACAGCCAUGUCCCUCUACUUGGCUUUUUUUUGGGGGGGAGAGGAGCUAGCUGCCCAGCUCUGUCCAACUGCUUUGCCCUCCACCCCCCCCCCCCCCCCCCCCCCCCCCCCCCCCCCCCCCCCCCCCCCCCCGAGGGAAACUCUUCACACCACCAAGAGCGGUGGCUUCCGAAAUGAACUGUGCAACAGAAGCCACUCAUCCUGAGCUGGGCUCAAACUGUUGAUCAGUUAUUGCUCCAAAGGCAGCUGCAGGGCUGUAAAUCCUGAGCUGUGCUGGGGCCUUUCAUGCCAGCCCAUCCCUCCCCAAGGUGAGUGGAUCAUCUCUGGUCCAGGAUUGGGAUGCUGCUGAAGCAACAAGGAGCCUGUGAUGGAGAAACCAAUGUGUGGGAGGAGAACCCCAGAUAAAAUGGGUGGGGGAGAGGCUGAGUUGCUUGGAAAAAUAAAAAUAACCUUAUGGCCAGACCUUGCUUGGGCUGGGGAUGGUCUCACAGCCUGAGGCACACGCCACCGCUGCUGCCAUCGGCAUGAUCCCGAGCACCACGGGACAGCACGCAGCAAGGGCAGCCAGCGACCCUCUGAAAAUGCCUGUUGCUGGUGUAGAACAGUUAUUUAUUCUGCCUUAAUUUAAAUGCUGGUAUACUCAUCGAAUGUCACUUCCCCUUUAAAAAAAAAAAAAGCUUUUUUUGGUUGCUGUUCUUGGGAAGGAAAAGGGGGCUAAGAGCUAAUUGCAACGCAGGGGCAAGUUGUGUGAUGCUCACGCUGUUGGGAAGCUUGUGCUGGAACAAUGUUUGGGUUUUUUUUAUCAGCCAUAUCUUGGACAUGCUGAAGUCAUCAGAAAUGUGACAUAUUUAUAUUAAAGUGCAUCCACUGA